GCCUUCGGUCAGCCGGAUCAUCACAGCCGUCGCCAAGGCCAUUACGGUUGUGGGCAAGGAAAAAGGAUGGGUUAGAUUCCCAUCCACGGCGCAACAGAAAGCCGCCGUCAAGGCAGGCUUUCUUAGCCGUGGAAAAAUUCCAGGAGUGCUAGGAUGUGUGGACGGGAGUCUGAUAGCCAUCGUUCGCCCUAAGAAGCUCGGCCCCGGCGAAACGGAAUCCUACUGGAGCCGUAAAGGGUAUUACGCCCUCAACUGCAUGGUCGUGUGCGACGCGAAGCUGAAAAUCCUGGCAAUUGACCCACGGUUUCCGGGAUCGUGCCACGAUUCUUUCGUCUGGAGGCAUUCAGCAUUUCGCCGCCGCCUCACUCGUGGCCUGUUACUUCAUGGAGAAGUCUUGCUUGGGGACUCUGGGUACCCGCUAGAGCCAUGGCUCAUGACUCCUGUGCCUGGUCACCCAAAUCGCCUCACGGCAGAGGGGCGCUAUAAUGAGGCACACGCAUCAAUUCGAAAUGUCGUUGAGCGGUGCAUUGGAGUCCUCAAGAGCCGCUUCCGAUGCCUGCAGAGGUAUCGGGUGCUCCACUACUCGCCUCAGAAAGCAGCCACUAUUGUUGCAGCUUGUGCAGCGCUGCAUAACCUCUGCCUUGCAGCAGGCGUGCCUCUGCCAGACGACCCAGAUGACGACGGUGCACAUGACGACAGCGCACAGGGGCCAGCCCAGGCACAAGUGCCGCUUCAAGUACAGGUGCCACCGCAGGCGCACCCUGUACAGCCUUCUCGAGUUUUGUUUCUAGGAGGCCGUGCGGUAAACCAGUUAAUAGAGUACAUCAGCAUAAGUAUCUAG